CUCAUUUCCCCACCCGCACAAACGCGCACACCCCACUUGGCGCUCCACCUCUUCGCUCUCCGACGACAGCCAGCGAGCGUGCGACGGGCGAUCAAUCGGGGCAGGCAUUCGAAUUCCGACGACGGCCAUGGAGCAGAGGAGCCUGCUGGUGUCGGCCCUGGGCGUCGGCGUCGGCGUGGGUCUGGGGCUUGCGUCGGCCAAGUGGGCAGUACAGCCGGCGCCGAACGGAGGCGACGGUCUCGGAGCCGGCGCCGCGGAGUUGGAGGCCGAGCUGCGGCGGCUGGUCCUGGACGGCCCCGAGAGCGACGUCACCUUCGACGAGUUCCCCUACUACCUCAGCGAUCAGACGAGGGAGGUGCUCAUCAGCGCGGCUUUCGUCCACCUCAAGAACGCGGAGCUGCUGAAGCACGUCCGGAACCUCUCCGCCGCCAGCCACGCCAUCCUGCUCUCCGGCCCCACAGAGGCCUACCUGCAGUCGCUCGCGAAAGCUCUGUCCCACUACUUCAAGGCGCGCUUACUAAUUCUGGACGCCACCGACUUCUCUCUUCGGAUCCAGAGCAAAUACGGGGGCUCCACAAAAGCCACGGUGGGUCACACAGUUCCAGAGCAUUUUUGCUGGAAAGAAUAAACGCUGAUUCAUCUCCUCGGAUCCUCCUUUUGUUUUUCUAACACGAGAUCCGGCGACACUGGCCCGCAAUCAAUCUGUGGCUGAGACCACGUUCGGGAGGAUGUCUGAUCUCAUUGGAUCCUUUAUGGCAUAUCCUAAGAAGGAUGGGCCUAUAGAAAAAUCGCUGCGUCGCCAGACAAGCAGCACGGAUUUAAGGACAAGAGGCUCUGACGGUUCUAGCAGUACGCCUUCGCUGAAGAAAAACGCCUCGGUAUCAUCCGACAUGAGCGACCUUGCCUCACAAGGUUCGGGAAAUCCAGUGAGGCGAACUGGUAGCUGGUGUUUCGACGAGAAAGUUCUGAUUCAGUCACUCUACAAGGUUAUGGUUUCUGUAUCUGAAAACGGUCCGAUUAUUCUUUACAUAAGGGAUGUGGACCAUUUCCUCUGGAAAUCGCAAAGAAUUCACUCGAUGUUCCAGAAAAUGUUGGCCAAGCUAUCCGGUCAAGUUUUGAUACUUGGUUCUCGACUACUCAAUCCUGACGCUGAUAACAGGGAUGCCGAUGAGAGGAUUAGUACCCUGUUUCCUUACCAUGUUGACAUCAAAGCUCCCGAGGAGGAGACCCAUCUAGACUGCUGGAAAAGCCAGAUUGAGGAAGACAAGAGAAAAAUCCAGAUGCAAGAUAACAGAAACCACAUCAUAGAGGUACUCUCGGCAAAUGAUCUAGACUGUGACGAUCUGAGCUCAAUCUGUGAAGCAGACACUAUGGUUCUCAGCAAUUACAUAGAGGAGAUCAUCGUAUCAGCUGUCUCCUACCACUUGAUUCACAACAAGGACCCUGAAUACAGGAAUGGAAAGCUCAUGCUAUCAUCUAAAAGUUUGUCCCAUGGUCUAAGCAUUUUCCAAGGUAGCCAUGGUGGGAAAGACACUCUGAAGUUGGAAGAAACGAAGGAUGGUUUGAAAGGAGCUCUUGGGUCUAAGAAAACUGAGACACUUCCGGUUGGCGAAGGUCCAGUACCGCUGCCAAAACCAGAAGUUCCAGACAAUGAGUUUGAAAAGCGUAUCAGACCAGAGGUCAUUCCGGCAAGUGAGAUAGGAGUGACAUUCGAUGACAUCGGAGCCCUGGCAGAUAUCAAAGAGUCUCUCCAGGAGCUGGUCAUGCUUCCUCUUCGACGGCCCGAUCUCUUCAAAGGAGGGCUCCUGAAGCCGUGCAGAGGGAUUCUGCUGUUUGGGCCACCUGGAACCGGGAAGACCAUGCUUGCCAAGGCUAUAGCGAACGACGCCGGCGCCAGCUUCAUCAACGUAUCCAUGUCCACCAUCACAUCGAAAUGGUUCGGGGAGGACGAGAAAAAUGUCCGGGCGCUGUUCAGUUUGGCCGCCAAGGUAGCUCCCACCAUUAUUUUUGUGGACGAGGUAGACAGCAUGCUGGGGCAGCGCGCUCGCUACGGCGAGCAUGAGGCGAUGCGGAAGAUCAAGAACGAGUUCAUGAGCCACUGGGACGGUCUCUUGUCAAAAACAGGCGAAAAAAUCCUCGUUCUCGCCGCGACGAAUAGGCCUUUCGACCUUGAUGAAGCCAUCAUCAGGAGAUUCGAGCGCAGGAUCAUGGUUGGGCUUCCAACUACGGAGAGCAGAGAGCUGAUCUUGAGGACGCUGCUUUCAAAGGAGAAAGUUGAUGAAGAUAUUGAUUUCAAGGAACUUGCGGCCAUGACGGAAGGAUACAGCGGCAGUGAUCUCAAGAAUCUCUGUGUGACUGCUGCUUACCGCCCUGUUAGGGAGCUCCUGAAGAUAGAAAGAGAGAGGGAACUGGAGCGAAGGGAAAAGGAGUCAAAAGACAAGGCGGCGGCGGCGGAGAAUUCAGAAGCCCCGGAGAGUGAGAAGAAGGAGAGCUCAGAAACCAAAGAAGCUCGGAAGAGCACGCAGAGUCCAGAAGGCGGCGGCAAAGGCGACGAGGGUCCAGACAGCAAGGCGGAGGGCGAGAAGGAAGCGGCCGUUGUUGACCUUAGGCCACUGACGAUGGAAGACCUGAGGCAGGCAAAGAACCAGGUUGCAGCGAGCUUCGCCGCCGAGGGUGCCGUGAUGAACGAGCUCAGGCAGUGGAACGACCUGUACGGCGAAGGGGGGUCCAGGAAGAAACAGCAGCUGACCUACUUCUUGUAGAGGUGAAGCAUUUGGCAGGUGGUGGAGAGGAACAGAGCUGGGCAGACGGUGGACCCAUACUUGAUGAACCGAGCAUGGUUUCUUCAAGACGUGACGUGGGCAUGACGCAUAGUACUAGUCUUUGAGGUUCCAGGAUCCAUGAGAUGAGAUGAGGUCGAUGGUCAAUUUGUAGGAUCAUGAACUAUUAUUCUUUUACAUGCAUUUGUACAUGAGCGCUAGACUGGUUAUGUAUAUCUGGAUUGAUUGAACAGCUCUUGUGUUUGAGGGUCAUUUUAGCUUCUCGUAGACUGCUGUAAUUAUAUCAUAUAUAGUGAGUAUAUAUAUUCAUAGCGCAAUGAGCACAAUAUUUGAGUA